GGGAGUUCACCCAUUACCGCCCCCGCCCUCAUCUCGACAGCAAUGAACCCACUUCAGUGCUCUGAAUGCGGGAGGUACUUCAAGAGACCCAGCGACCUGGUGAAGCACCGACGAAUUCACACCGGUGAGCGGCCGUAUACCUGCUCCGAGUGCGGGAAGGGGUUCACUCGCUCGUCUGAUCUGCUGAAGCAUCAGCGCGUUCACACCGGGGAGAGGCCCUUCACCUGCCCCGAGUGUGGGAAGGGGUUCGUUCAGUCAUCCCACUUGGUGAGGCACCAGCGAGUGCACAACGGCGAGAGUCCGUUCACCUGUCCGACCUGUGGCAAGGGCUUUAUUCAGUCUUCCAACCUGGUACGGCACCAGCGCGUUCACAACGGGGAGAGCCUGUUUAUUUGCUCCGAGUGCGGUAAGGGAUUCACUCAGUCGUCCCAUCCUUUGAUACAGCAGCAAGUACGCCUUGGAGAGAGGCCGUUGACCUGUGCUCAGUGUAGGAAUGGAUUCACCGGGGAGCACUUCUCAAUCCCUCAGGUUAACCACGUUGAUAAGACUCAGCAACUCCUCCCAAAAAAAUGCAAGGAAGAAGAACAAAGCAUGUGCCCUUCUCCAGGCGGUUCGCCUGCUUUUGUGGAGCAGAAUACAGACGAUGAUUAUAUUCACGCAAGUGAGGGACUGUUCGCUUACCACUCUGUGCGCCAUGGGCAUGGUUUCAGGUUUAGUGAUUGUACCUCACAGUUGAUUAAAAAGCUUUACCAGCCCGAAUCUUCAUCCGCAUGGACAAAUUCCGAGGAAAUUAUUUGCAACGUCUUGGCGCCCUUGUCAACCGAAGAGGUACUGGCUGAUUUAGACCAGUGUUCAUUUAUUUCACUUAGCUUGGACACGUCAAACAAGGAAGAUCAAAAGCUGUUCCCGGUCCUGGUGCGUUACUUCCUGCCAGUGACCGGGGUCAAAACGAAAAUCAUCGCGUUUACCUCGCGGCCAGGUGAAACGUCGGACUUGCAAAGCGAAUUUCUCCUUCAGCUGAUCAAGAGCAAUAAUCUCGGCGAGAAACUGGUGGGGCUCUGCGCGGACAACGCCAAUACGAAUCUCGGCGGCACGAAGCGCGCUGGGAGGAACGGCGUGUGGCACAAUCUGCAGGCCCACCUCGGCAAGGAGAUCUUCAGCGUGGGUUGUGGGACUCGCAUCAUUCACAACUGUCUGCAGACAGCAGCUGACUCACUCCCGCUCGACGUGGAGUGCUUUGCCGUGAAAAUUUAUAAAUACUUUCAUAUUUAUACUGUUCGUACAGAGGAGCUGAAAGACUUCUGCCGAUUUGUGAGCCUGGAGUACUCUAAGUUGCUGGAGCACGGCAGCACACGGUUCCUUUCCCUGGGCCCGGCACUCGACCGGAUUCUGUUGAUCUUUGAGGGGCUGAAGGUGUAUUUUCUCUCUCAGGAAAAGUGCCCGACACUGUUGAGACACAUGUUCAACAAUCCCUGCACCAAGCUGUGGCUUGCUUUCGUGAGUAAGCAGAUCGCAAUCUUUCAGAAGACGGUGGAGGCCAUUGAGAGGAACGAUUCCUCGGUGAUGGAGGUUGCCCUGCAGAUCCGAGCCCUGCGAGAAAACUUGGUGGAGGGGCUCAGGGAAAAGUUUGUCACCUCGGACACAAAGAUCCUGUUCCAGUGUCUGGUUGAGGAUGGGGAAAUCACUGAGGAGAAGUUCUACGGUGCCGUGGAGAACUUCUUCUCGACGGCGGUGAGCUACCUGGAUCGGUGGAGGUCGGCCUUUGAGUGCGCGGAGCUGCUGGAUUGGGCCUUGCUGAGGAGUGUGCCCAAGUGGGAGGACAUUCAGGGCAGCCUGGCCACCUGCCAAGCCAACAUCGCCUCUCUGCGCGUGAUAGACAAGAAGCGCCUCUUCGAGGAAUGGGGGAAUUCGAAGCAAGCCAUUUCCAGACUCCUGCCUGUCUGGAACACCGAGAAGCUGCCGGCCUCCGAGAGGUGGUGCCACGUUUUCCAGGAGAUGCAGCGGAACGGGUUUGCGUACUCGCACCUGGCAAAGGCCGUGGAGUUCAUACUGUGCCUACCGGGCAGCACAGCCCCCAUUGAAAGACUCUUCUCAGCCAUGAGCACUGUCCUGUCGCCUGACAAGUCACAUCUCAGUAUUCCCACAAUGAAGGCCAUCUUGCUGGUGCAGGUAAACUUUGACCUUGACUGUUUGGCCUUCUACGAUAAACUGUUGAAAGACAAAUGGACGUUACAAAAAAUUGCUUCAAAAGACAAUUACAAUGCCCAGGAAGCCUUGCACUGUAAAGAAGAGAAGGCCAGCUCUUCCAAAGAGCAAUAGCUACCAAACCGAACAUAGAUGUAUGCCAAAAUCAAGUUAUGCUUCAUUGUGAGAUGCAACUGAUAUUGGGAGUCAAGUCAGAAAAGAAGGGAGAGUUUGGCACCCAAAGUACGGGACCGUUUGGAUAAAACUGGGGAGGAUGGUCGCCAUUUUAACAUGGCCACCCCAUCCAGGAAGAUCACACGGGGACGGGUUUUGUUGGUGUGAGAAGGAUUCACUUGGUCAUUCGGCCAGGUAGCGAGUUCCUACCGGAGAGAAGUUGCGAAUUCAGGAAGAGGUUCACUUGUACUCUCUCCACGGUGAGGGGAAGGAUGAACUAAUUAUGAUGGUACAUUGUGAGGAGGGACUACCGCGGGGAAGGGUUUUCUGCCGACCUGCCAUCCAGCGACGCAGCAGCCAGUCCGCACGGGGAGAGGCUGUUCAUCUGCUCUGAAUGCAGGAGCAGAUGCGGCCAUUCUGCAGAGGCUUCAGUACGUCGUAAGAAUGGAACGCUUGGCGUGUGGAUAUUUCAACGUGGCAGGGGCACAGUUCUGUAGUUGCUGCCACGGUCGGUGGCUGCCCGGGUUGAAUGCUGGUCAUCCGUGGUUUGCUCUGGUUGGGACAACGGGUCUGAAGUUUUCUAUUCGGUACUAAGUUAGUGAGUCAGCCUGGGCAAUCAACCCCAAGAGCUGCUGGAACCCCAGCCACAUCAGCUGGGGAAUUGGGUGAAUUUAGGUGGUACCGAUAUUAAUGGAUUGUUAUAUUAAAAAAAAAUCGGGUUCAUUCAUGAAGCUCAAAGAGAGGAAAUCUGCCUCCCUUCCCCGUAAUGGUGAUCCAGCCCAGGUUGGUGUUAGUGGGGGUGGAUGAUAAUUCCAGAUGACUGGGCUGCCCCAGCACCAUCCCUGAACAGCCACCAAGAGAGUAUUCAGAUUUACAAAUAUAUAUUCAACUUUAAAAGCCCUUUGGUCGACAAUAUUGUGCUGACUUUCUGACCUAUUCUAAGAUCAAUCUGACCCUCUACAUAGAUGUACAUGGGAAUAUAGGUGUAUGGGGUAUGAAUGGGAUCCGGGAUCAGCCACGAUGGAAUGCUGGAGCAGACUCAAUGGGCUGAAUGGCCUAAUUCUGCUCCUAUGUCUUAUGGUCUUGUAUCUCUCCAUUUUCCUCUUAUCCGUGUGCCUAACUAAGUUUCUUAAAAGCCUCCAAUGUAUCUGCCUCCAUCACCACCCCUGGCAGAACGUUCCAUACACCCGCCACUCUCUGUAUAUUAAAAACUUCCCUCUGACAUCCUUCUCCAGUUUCCUCUCAUCCCCUUGGAGUUUCCACCUUGAGAAGAAUUCCCUGAUGUGUCUGCCUCUGGCACCACCCAGAGCAGGGUGUACCACACCCCAUGGAUAUCGGACAUGGGGAUGGGAUACGCGGGUUCCGUCUGUAACAAGUGGAGUUGAAGUUGCUGUCCAUGAAUCAACAUCUGCUGUCCCCUUGUCCCCAGGACCAAAGCAGAUAAGUGGAACUGAUCUGGUUACAAGGUGUUCACAAACUUGUCCCAUUGUAAAAUACUUGGAGAUCUGACACAGUUGCAUGAGGUUUAAGUGAAUUUAUAAUCCUGCACUGGGCAUAAAUACUGCUUUGCAAACUAGCACUAAAAUUAUACUCUUGUCCCCAAAUUUUUUUUUAAUUCUUUACAACCUGUAUUUUGAAAUGUAAUCACUUGAAAAAGUAUUUUUUUAAGAAGACUUUGAAUUUCAGGUUCAUGUGUGUUUCUAUCAAUAUUUAGCACUCUGUACAGUGUUUAUCAGGUUCAUUAAAUAAUGUUUA